GCGGUCGGAGACGCCGCCGCGGUCGGAGAUGCCGCCGCGGUCGCGGAUGAGGCCGUGGUUGGCAUUGUUGCCGUUUCGACGGCCGCGGUCGCAGGCGCCGUUGCCAUCAUUUCAACGGCCACAGUCGCAGUCGCAGUUGCCAUCAUUUCAACGGCCACAGUCGCAGUCGCCGCCGUGGUCGCCGACAUGGUUGCUGCAGGCACAGCUGCCGGCUCUGCAGGCGCCGCCGCCGCAGCUGCUGUCGUUGUCAGAGGACGAGGAUCGACCUCAUAAAUACGAUCAGAAAAAGUACGAAAAAGUGGCGAAGCUCAUUGAUGAAGAACCAACAUCUGAUCUUCCGAAAAGGGUGGUUGAGGAAGCGUGUAGCAACGAGGAGCCGUUGAACCUUAAUGGCAACUCGGUGCUCCACGAGGUGAUCGCCAGGAGGAAGACCAGCCUGGCCGUCGCCAUUAUCAAUAUCCCGGAUGACAUCAACAGCCGCAUUAAUCUCCGCCACCGGAACUACUCCGGCAACACGCCGCUGCACAUUGCGGCCAGGGAGGGCGAUAGCAUGGUGGCGAUAGCCUUGUUACGGAGGGACCAAAGCCUCGCGCACGAGAGGAACAGGAAGGGGGAGACGCCGCUGCACGAGGCGGCGAAGUACGGCCGCUUGGAGGUGUUCUACAGCAUCAUUGAUUUGGUUGGCUCCGAAAUAGCCAACGAUCGCACCGACGACGGCUUCACCAUCUUGCACUGCGCCAUCAUGCACUACCAGACAGAGGUAGCUUUGGACAUCGCAACGAAAUUUCCAGAUUUGAUAUUGACACGAAAUGCUGAUGGGGCCUCCCCGUUGCAAAUGAUGGCGAUCUAUUUCAGAAAACCACCCGAAACUGGAAUUUUGAAUUCUCUUCUUCUUCUUCUUAACAAUUGGAAAGCUCAUCGUCCAACCCUGAAAACUGAUAUUCCUUUGGAAAAGAAUCAAAAGAUCGCCAGUUUGGAGGAAGAAGGGACAAUAGAUGAAGAAAGAGGCAUCACAGCCGGAAUUAUGCUCCCAGACCCAGAUCGAGUAAAUUGGUGGUGGCGCCUUCCUGCAGUAAUUAAUACUAAAUUUAUUGAUGCUGGGCGAAAAUGUUGGAUCGUCCAAGUCAUUAGCAAUCGACGUAGCGUACGAAAAAGAAUGGUGAAAGCGAGAGAGGAGAAUAUGUCAAACUACGAAAUGAGCAUGAAACUCCUGGAACGCUUACUCCGGCAGGCCCAAGGCUUCGAAUUCUACGUCAUGGGGUUCACAAGUCAAAGCUCAAUCAAGCGGCCCUCCAUAGCUAGAGGUAGCCAUAUGCGGCUUCCCAGAACAGAUUCCGCUGUGUCGAUUGCAGAAGAAAGUACUGAUCGGCAGGACGAGGCGCCGGACGUGAAAUAUAGGAUAAGAUGGGAGGAGUCUCCGCUGAUCACCGGCGUCAAGCUGGGCCUCGACGACUUCGUCAUCAAAAUACUCCAACUCUCCCCAUGGUUAGCCACCUACGUCGAUUACGACGGCACGAACGUGCUCCAGGCCGCCGUCAAGUAUGGUCGGAGGCGGGUCGUGCAGGUCAUCAAAGAGGACGAGCGGCUGCCGACGUGGUUGUUCACCGAUCUGGAGUCCGACACCAACAACACCCUUCUGCAUAUCGCAGCUUCCAACAAGAUCUCCGAUACGGAAGCAAAUCCCCUACGUCUGCAAGAUGAACUCGAAUGGUUUGAGAUGCUCAAAAAGGACGUCGUUCCUUCAAACCUGUGGGACUACCGAAACAGAAAAUGGAUGACCGCCCAGGAGAUGUUCGACGAGAAGCACGAGAGGACGCUGAAGGUGUGCAGUGACAAGCUAGCGGAGACUGGCCGAGCCUGCUCCCCGCUGUUGGCAGCGGUGGUGUUCACCUCCAGCUUCUACAUCCCCGGCGAGGACAACCGGGAGAGCAACCGAUUGGCCUUCAAGAUCUUCUCCCACGUGUACGUGGUGGGGUUCUCCUUCGCAGCCACCUCGCUGGUCAUGUUCCUGAUGCUGGCCUUGAGGCCGUUCAAUCAGCGGCACUUCCGGCGGGUGGUGCCAUGGCACUACGUGACGGCGUGCUUCUUGCUGACCAUGUCCCUGGCCGCCUUUAUCAUCGCCUUCGCCUGCAACAUGUACCUGCAAAUCUACGGCAAGCAGAGGAAGUCCCGUGCCGACUUGACGAAGCUGCUGCUGGAGCUCCUCCUCGUCCCCGUCCUCUGUGCCUUGGCGCUCUCCCUCACUGGAACCUCCUGGAGAUUCAGUACCCUUAAACGUCUCGCCAAGUAAUUCAUGAUUUCAUUUGUGUGUCAAAAACUUGUUGAUUUCGUGGCAAUUCAUGAUAAGAAUUGCUUUGUUUUUCUUAGUGUGGAUUUGAUUGGCA